AAUAACUCUUGUGCGGCGGGAAAUUACUUCACAUCUAUUGGCCGAGAAGAACCACGUGAAUAGUCCUUUGUAGCGUCCUACGGCUUGCUAAUCAUACUACAAGGUUUCUACAAAGAACAUCGUGCUUCAUUUUAUAUAUAACAGUAUGGGUCGUCCAUCAGCAGAUUCCCCCACCAAGAGGAAGAGGAAGCCAAAGGAUGCCAACAGGCCAAAAAGAGCAACAUCUGCAUAUUUCUUUUACUUGGCUCACUGCAGAGCCGAGGCCAAGACAACUGGCAGAAAUGUUUCAAAGAUUGCUGAAUUUACCAAAGAAGCUUCUGCAGAAUGGAGGGGUAUGAACGGCGAUGCAAAGAAGCCAUUUGAAGUCCGUGCUGCCAAGGACAAGGCAAGAUAUGAUGCGGAAAUGGCAAUGUUCAAAGGGAAAACAGUAGACCCAACCAAACCAAAGAGACCACAAACAGCAUAUUUCCUCUUUCUGGGGGAUUUCAGGAAAAAAAUGAAGAACUCUGGAUUAGAUCAUAAAGACAUCAUCAGACAAGCUGGAGCAAACUGGCGGGAAAUGACAGACAGUCAGAAGAAACCAUAUGAGGAAAAAAGUCAGCUUUUGCAGAAAGAUUAUGACGUGGAACUAAAGAAGUGGAGAGAGGGUGGAACUACAAGUGGUGCCACAGGAGGUGCUGCCAGACAACAACAGCAGCAGCAAGUACAAGUACCUGCAAACAACGGAAUGGAGGAGGAUGACGAUGAUGAAGAAGAGGAUGAUGAUGAUGAGGAAGAGGAUGAUGAUGAGGAGGAUGACGAGUGAAAGAUUAUGCUAGUGUCAAAAUAAGUAAUGCAUUAUAAACAUGGAUUGGAGAUAUAUUGCAUAAUGUGUCAAAAAUUCUUCAGAAAAGAAACUUGUAUUUUAUGUUGUGUAUAUGUUUCUCCAAAUCUAGCCAAGUGAACAAUCAAAUACUUCCUUUUGGAACAAAGAGCAGCAUUCGAAACAUUGCUAUAUAAAGUAUAAAGUAUAGUUGUGACUGAAAUUAACUAGGACAAAAAUAAAUGGCAGUGUUUUCUCCAUGAAAUGUUGAGACAUUCACGGGUCAGGUACUUAACACAGGAGUAUAAUUUAAGAGGACGUAUUCUGGAAUAUGCUCACGAAUAUAAUGGAAAUUCUACAAAUGAAGGCAUUCAUGUUGCAGUGUUGAGAAUAUCACCAUGUAGCUAGUGUGGAAUGCUGCCAGAUGAUUGUGAAAGUCCCUUUGGAGUGUUAAGAACAAGUUUAAUGAUUUUGUUAUAGAUGCAGUUGAUAUUCAUUUAAUAUGAAAAAGUAUGUGCUGAAAGACUUGGAUUUGUUUACCUAUUAUCGUCUCCAAUCAUUAUUCUUUAUUUUUUUUUAUUUUUUUUUUUUUUUGAAGUAGCAUCCAUCUCAUCAUAAUUGGACAUUCCAUUCUGCUGCCCAUACAUUUAAUUUCUAUUUUAUUACUAAGAAUUUCAUUUUAAUUGGAUUUUAAAGAAAUUUUGUUGAAGGUUGUAUGUCAAGUAGUUGACAGUUUUGCUUUGAUCUUCUAUUUAAUACUAAUUAAUGAAUCAUGCAAUCUUGUACUUGAUUUGAUCUGGUGUUGGAGACAAGAGAUGAUUUGUACAGAUUUAGAAAUUUAUUACUUACCUGUUUUAUUCCCAUUUCAAUAUGUAUUCUGAAACCAGGUUUAAAUUUUGCCUCCUCAUUUUUAAUCUGCUCAGGGAAAAAGAUCAUCAUGCUUAAAAUAUACAUACUGAUUUAUAAAGUGAGCAGUUGCUUGUAACAAUGACUUUUUCUUUGAAAUGUAAACGUAAGAAUUGUGGUACAGUGGAUGGAAUGUCGUCAAAUUUCAUAUUCCAUUGAUCAUUGUCAUGGUGUUCAAUCUUGUUUACAUAUAUGCUUAAUCUGGUACUUUAGGAAGUACUCGUCAAUGCCAGGUUAAGAUAAAUAGUAUAUAUGUUGAUUGUCUAUAUAUAUAUAAUUAUAUAAAUUAUAUCCCAUCAUGUCAUUGUAGAGAGUCCGUAUCAUUUUAGUUGAAACUUUUUACGAAGAGAGAAAAAAAGAAACUUUUGUCCAUAUUUUUAUUGAUGUCUAGAAUAUUUGAGUCUUGCUACCACAAGACUGAAUGUAUCAUAAAGUCAUGUCAAUAAAAAAGUGAAAUU